AUGAAUGUGUUGUUCUGGAGUUUCUUGCUUCUUUUUCCACUCUUCAACAAUGCUGAAGAUAGUCUCAGAGUUUAUGUAAACUCCAUUCCAGGACAAACCAUAGGUAUUAGUCUUUACGGCCAAAAAUAUUAUUGGGAAGGGCAUGUUGUCAACGAUACGGACAAGAUUUGUAAAUACGAAUUAGGAAAUGAUGAUGAGAAAUUUAAAAAUGUGGAAUUUCCAAACGGGAAACGACCAGCAUUCUUGAUUUUCGAAUGCAAAAGCUCCGAAUCUUAUUGUGGGUCAGAAUGCUGUGAGAAUAGUUCGUGGUUCACAAAGAGAGAAGGUCUCCAUCAACUCUAA